AUGCUAAAAGUCUACUGCUUACUCGCCAUAUCUUUUGGUAUUUUAGUUGCUGGUCAGCCCAAAGAACAUCGAAGUGUGCAUCCUGUUGAUCCUUCAUAUGCUCCCCGACGCCAGUUGGCGCAAACCGAACCGGCCUACAAUAUAUCACUAUACUACGCCGAGGCGGGUUACCAAGAUGCAGCUCACUAUGCUUCAAUUAUCUCUUGGACAAUGCGCUAUCCGACUGUGGUCGCGUGGGAUCAUCCUGGAAUACGAUCAAUAAAUUGUGAUCUUAACGGGAUUCAUUUAGAAUUCACAUCUCAAGGCUUCAAGUUGAAAGCUCAGCAAUGGGAGUUUCCACUGGUCAUCGUGUUGGAUGGCGAUACCGGACACUGCGUUUCUGACGGCCCUAGUCAGGAGAGGUAUCACCCCUUCUAUGUGGAAUCAGUAUUGCAAGGUCAUGAGGAGAAGCCAAUAACUCUGAAUCUUUCUGGGUAUCGGUCUCGAUGGGAGGUUGUUGCUUACGAGCACCAAGUGCAAGUGGUUGAAGUGAAAGAUAAGCAAUCCGAUUCAGAUUCCUCUAGAACAUUGGCACAUAAACGAAGGGGAGUAAUGGCCCCAACCACCAUGCAGGUUUCACCGUCUUUGAACUUCGAUCACCAGGAGAAAAAGUGUUCAAACAGUGAAGUACCUAUCAACGUUGCCCAAUGGCCCUAUGGAUCACUUGAUAUUAAAUGCAAAAACUGCUUUGUUGAUUCGGACUUCCAGCUCAUCAUUGUUUGGGGAAGUCGCAUCAUCAACGCCGGCAUCGAGUGUAUAAAUCAACUCAUAAAAAAUUUAUACCGUGCUGAACAACAACUGAUUGCGUUGGCUCGGUCGGCGGAAAACAUUCUCGCAUCUCAGUUUUCAAAACUUAGUGAAAAGUUGGUAGACUUGAUUUCAGGAUUCUACAACCGCAUAAACGAGAUUGCUUUGUCCGCGAAUCACACACAGAAAGUGGAGGUGAAAGCAGAACUAGCAGAAGUUGUUUCAUCAUAUGAAGACACAAGUUCUAAAUUGCUCAAGCUUGCCCAAGGUCAAUUGGCCACCGGGAUUAUCUCCGCUCCAGCAUCUCCUCAAGACACUUUCGUGGCCACUCAUAAGCUAAAAGAGGCUAUAUCGAGUACAAGCAGUGAAUUAGGGUUGAUGAUACAAAAUGGCACCCAGCUGGUUAACGAUGAGUUAAGCUUACCACUAUGUACGACUUCUCCCCGGAAGGAAGGAGGGGGUCGUUGUCGAAGACCACCAAAACGCACGGUAGCAAGAUUGACCGGACGCUUAAAAGCAAAUUUCGACGUGGAAUUGAUUUUGACUGGAACUGGUGAAGUCUCCAAUGGGGAUGUAAAUGUCCUAUUGCUGAAUUUACCAGGGCUUCUCAUUCCAGGUAUUCUAUCGGUUGGCCCACAAGCUCGAUUAAUCAGUAACACUGCUUUGGUCUUCACAAGCUCUGCGAACCUGACCCUUGGCGCCGAGGCUGAAUGGCAAAACAUUGAUACAACAAUAGACGGUCAAAAUCCGGAGCUCGCACUUCAAACCACAAGUAACCUUUGGGAUUAA